GUCAUUUUUUACAGUUUUCAAUCAAAGAUUCUGAACCCAUUUGUUUCUUUGAUCGAUUAAGUCACCUUUCAGCAAAUCUCUCUUUCUUUUAUUGAUGUUCAUUGUAAACAAUCACUUUUACUUCAGCCAUUGUAAUGGUGCAUGCAUCCGACUCGGAAGCAAAUUUGGGAAAACCAGUCAAGCUAGAAAUGCCAUCUAAACGUCCAUUUCCCUUCGAGAAUGACAGCGGUAAGGAGCAUAAGAAAAGAAACAUAAAUUCUUUGUCACAUAAGAAAAUCUCCAAAUUAUUGGUUGCAUUAGAAGAGCUUCUCGCGGAAGAUGGCGUGGGCGAAGUUGAGGCCCUAAUAGGCAGUCCAGCAUAUUCAAGGGCAACCGAGCUUCGGAGCACACUACGAGACCAAGUACAGUCAGGCUUGAGUCUUCCCAGCUCUAGUGGUUCUGGGGACUAUAAUGUUGGAAGCUCACCUCAAGAGCCUGUCAAUCGGAACCCAGGAAAAAUAUUAACAACUCUACAAAUUACACCAUGGACUUUGUCUUCCAUUCCAUCCGAACUUCCACCCCUCCCAGAAGUGUAUGAUCCUACCCUUGAGCUGGCUUCGUUCACUCACCAUGGCCGUACUAAUGGUAGCGUUACUGAUUUGAGCUAUGAACGCUUAGAAUGGGUAGGAGAUGCAUAUAUCUACACCAUUUCUACUCUUCUCAUAUCACAGACAUUCCCUGCCUUGCUACCUGGAAAAUGCUCCCAACUUCGUGAAAGGCUUGUCAAGAAUGUCACUUUGGCUGAUUUCGCGCGAAAAUACGGUUUCGAAAAGCGCGCGAAAUUGCCAGAAGAUACUAUCCAUCCUAUGAAAGAACCGGAAAAAAUCAAAGCAAUGGGAGAUAUUUUUGAGGCAUAUGUCGCAGCUAUUGUGCUCGCAGAUCCAGAAAAUGGAGUCUCACGUGCAUCAGAAUGGUUGAAAAGUCUCUGGGCCAUGGUAUUGUCGAAAGAAAUUCAACAAGAAGAGCGGAACGAAGAUAAAUUGGAUAGCCCCUUAUGGAGACUGAGAGGAAAUGUUGACCAUGUUCAGACAAAAACUAAAACUGUACUCAAUCCUAAAGAGAAAUUGCAAAUGGCGCUCAACUCGAAAGUCAGCAAACUGACGUACAAGGAUAUUGGAACAGCCAAGAAGGACAAGAAUACUAAACUUGCAGUAUUUACAGUGGGUGUUUUUCUUGACGGAUGGGGUGAAGUUGACAAGCAGAUUGGGUUUGGAAGUGCAAAUGGAAAGAAAGAGGCUGGAUUCAAAGCCGCAGAGAUGGCGUUGAAUAACAAGAAAUUGAUGGCGAAAUACUCGGAAAAGAAGAAGAUCUACGAUGCACAACAGGAAAGAGAAAGGAUGGCGCUUCAAAAACAAGAAGAAAAUUGUUCAUGAUCAACAGCUCAACGGGAAAAUUGUAACUUUGAGUCGGUAGUCAGCGAAGACUCUCAUCUUGAGGGACAUUGAUCGACAGAUAAGGAUCGUUUGGGUUGCAGCAGUCAAUGUGAAUUCGGGUUCAUCACAGUGCAUUUGCUUAGGAGUUACAUGAUGGCAGGGAAUAGAUAUCCAAAUUAAGUUUCCACAUAGGACACGAAAUAAUUAACAUAUCCGCCUCUUCAUGAGCUACUUGUGUGAAGGCGUUCUUGAGGUGUGCAAAUGCAUCCAUCAUACAUACUUCCAGCGACCUUGGAUCCAUUCUCAAGCACUCACCUAAUGUGUGUUAUCAUUUUACUGGUUGUUCCCCUUGCGCUGGAAACAUCAUUGUGGAUCAUUGAGUGAAAACCCUCAAAUAUCCUUACAAAUACUUGUCAAUUGACAGUUCUACAUGUCUCAUGUUCCCGUCUCUCAGGAAUCGCAAUAUAUUCUGUUCUUCA